GGGUCAGCUUUGUUGUUUCACCCAACUCCCUAAAAUUAGCUUUGCUCAUCAUCAUAACACCCCCAAAAAAAAAAAAAAAAUCCAAUCCAACUAAAAAUAACAAAAUUUAACAAAUCCCCUUGUAUUUUAUUUUUCUCAAACAAUCUUAAGAUUGAUAAUUUCCCAAAAUAACAAAAAAGAAUUGAUUAAUUAAUUAAUUAAUUAGUAAACAAAAUGGGGAGGUCCCCUUGUUGUGAGAAAGCUCACACAAACAAAGGAGCAUGGACAAAAGAAGAAGAUGAUAGGUUGGUUGCAUACAUUAAGGCUCAUGGUGAAGGUUGUUGGCGUUCUCUUCCUAAAGCCGCCGGACUUCUCCGGUGCGGUAAAAGUUGCCGUCUCCGGUGGAUUAAUUACCUCCGCCCUGAUUUGAAGAGGGGUAAUUUUACUGAAGAAGAAGAUGAACUCAUCAUCAAGUUGCAUAGUCUUCUUGGUAACAAGUGGUCGUUGAUAGCAGGAAGAUUACCAGGAAGAACAGAUAAUGAGAUAAAGAAUUAUUGGAACACACACAUCAAAAGAAAGCUUAUAAACAGGGGAAUUGACCCUGUUUCACAUAGAUCAAUGAAUGAAGCUGCAUCAAAUCCAGAAUCUUCACCAGCAACAGCAACAGCAACAACACCCAAUAACUCAACAACAACAACUAUCUCAUUCUCUGCUCCAAUCACAAUUCCCAAGAAAGAGGAAGUUUUUGGAUUAAAAGAUGAGAUUUUUAAUAAUAAUAAUAAUAAUCAACAAUUACAAGAACAUCAACCCAGAAGAAAAACAGAGAGAUGCCCAGAUUUGAACCUUGAUUUGAAAAUCAGCCCACCUUAUCAACAACAACAACAGCAGAAUUCAGAGAUGAAAACAGGGACAAGGAUUUGCUUUAGUUGCAGUUUAGGGUUGGAAAAAAGUCAACAGGAUUGUAAUUGCAGUCAAAGUAUUAAUAUGGUUGGUUGCAGUAAUAAUGGUAGCAGUAUUUGUUAUGAUUUCUUGGGAUUGAGUGCUUUGGACUAUAGAAGCAUGGAGAUGAUGAAGUGAUAUACGGAGAACAAUUACUUUUUUAUAAUUUCUUUUUUGAGGAUUAACAAAUCCUUUUUAGAUUAUUGGUGUAAUUAGUGGUAGAAUAUAUUAACAUAAAUUCUAAUGAUUAUUUCCCAGGAAUACGAAGAAUUACGAAGUAUGACAU